CAAAGAUUUGCGGUCGAAUGCACAGCAUGCGCUUCGUGGCCGCGAUCUUGGUCGCGCUGCAUGCGAUGGCCAUCGCCCAUGUCCACGUGCUCACGGAGAAGACCUUCAAGAAGGAGGUUCUCGACAGCCCGGACUAUUGGCUCGUCGAGUUUUACGCGCCAUGGUGUGGCCACUGCAAGCAGCUCGAGCCAGAGUGGAAGAAGGCGGCCAAGGCUCUCAAGACAACGGCCAAGCUCGGCGCUGUCGACUGCACGUCGAACGAGCAGCUCGCGCAGCAGUUUGGCAUCCAAGGCUACCCGACCAUCAAAGAGUUUGGCAAGAACAAGAACAAGCCGACGGACUACCGUGGCGGGCGCAGCGCGCGUGAGAUCGUGCAGCACGUCAAGGCGUCGCCGCUCGCGGCAUUGGGCGUCUCGUCCAGCGACGCGGCGGUCCAGAUCCUGCAAUACAAAGACGUCUAUACGUUCUUUGCGACCGCACCGCCCAAGACACCCAGUGCGAUCCUCUUUGGCCGCAACAAGCACAAGAAGGGCGCGAAGGCCAAGCCGCGCUGGCUCAGCGACGUCGCGCAGUCGUUCAUUGCGCCCGACAAAAAGUCGAUUCUGGUGCAAUUCGGGUUUGUCGCGGGUAGCGACGCCAAGAUCGCCGAGCACCUCGGCCUGCACGACGCCGACUUGCCCGCCCUCGUGUAUGUUCAUCCCGACCAUGGGUACACGCAUGUAGCCCUCACGGACGCCAAGCCGGCGCGUCAAGUGACCUCAUUUAUCAACAAGGCGCUGACGUCGGACCUGGGCGAUUGGUCGCCGCUUCCGUCGUUCCCGCCGCCCGAGGAGAACGCACCGAGAAGGAAGCCGCCCGUUGUCAUCACCGAGACGACGGCGGCGACGUUCGAGACCGACUGCCUCGACGCUGGCGACGGAAAGCUCUGCGUGCUCUACAUCCCUCGCGACCCAAGUACGUUCGACCUGAAGCCCGUCGCCAAGCAUUUUCGCCGCGACAAACUCGCCUUUUUUUGGCUGGCGCCGACGUCGCCCCUCGUGGUUGUGCUCGCCGACUGGGUCGGUGCUACCUUGGAUCGCCCCGAGCGUGACGGCCACUGCAUCGUCUUUAAGCUGUCGUCGCGCGGCCGCCUCCGCGUCACGGAGAUGACCAACAUCAUGGACAAUGGUAUCCUCGAGAUGUUCUUGUCCCACAUCGUCGAAGGCCUCGAGAGCUUCCGCCCGCUAAACGGCCGCCCGCGCUUCAUUGAGGACGCAGGCUACGAUCACUCGGAGCUUUAGGCCACACUCGGCUGCAACGCGACGAAAUCUUAGUUGGAUCUGACUAAGAUUUCGAGUACUUGGACACUCUUUCUUGUUUAUAUGGGA